GGGUGGGGGAAUCAACUGUCGUUGCACGGUUUUCUGUUCACUCAUCGGGUUCUACGUUCAGUCAAGAAGGAGACUGUGAGACGCGAUGGCCAAACUGCUGAAACGUCUGGUCGAGAUUCUCGAAGAGGAAAAAGCGUUCGAUCGCACAGGCGAAGAACCGGUCGUGCGAUUCGUUCAACCGGAGGAGUUGCAGAAAGAGCUGUCGAUCGAGUUGAGCGAGGAACCGAGCAGCGAGAAUGAAAUCGAAACGGCGAUACGAAAAACGGUUCGGUACUCGGUGAAGACUUUUAGUCCGCAUUUUCAUAAUCAGCUCUUCGCUGGAACUGAUGAUUACGGCCUGGCUGGUUCCUGGUUGACGGACGCUCUAAGUUCGAGCCAAUACACAUACGAGGUAGGGCCUGUGUUUACUUUGAUGGAACGGGAGGUGAUCGAGAAAUCUUUGGAAUUAAUCGGGUAUCCUUCGAUGCCGGACGGCGACGGUAUCCUAUGUCCUGGCGGAAGCUUGUCGAACAUGUACGGUAUGGUCAUGGCGAGAUACAAAGCGGUACCGGAAGUAAAGACCAAAGGUCUCGCGGGGCUACCGCAGUUGGUUUGCUUUACCAGCGAGGGUGGUCAUUACUCAAUCCUCAAGGGAGCACAUUGGUUGGGCUUGGGAACCGAGAACGUCUACAAGGUGAAGUGCGACGAGUUGGGUCGCAUGCGACCGGACGACCUGAAGGCGGAAAUCGAGCGAGCCAGGAAACAGGGUCACUUACCGUUCUUCGUGAACGCUACCUGCGGUACCACGGUCCUCGGUGCGUUCGACCCUCUGCCGGAAAUCGCUGCCGUCUGCCGAGAGGAGAACCUAUGGUUGCACGUUGACGCAUGCCUCGGUGGCACGUUGCAGCUUUCAAGAAAAUACCGGGACAGAUUGAAGGGAAUCGAACUCUCGAAUUCCGUGGCGUGGAAUCCACAUAAGAUGCUCGGCGCUCCGUUCCAAUGCUCGCUGUUCCUGGUCAAGGGUAAAAACGCGUUGCACGAGGCGAACUGCGCAGGGGCGAGGUAUCUGUUUCAACAGGACAAGCACUACGACGUUUCUUGGGACACGGGGGACAAGAGCGUGCAGUGUGGAAGGAAGGUUGACGGAGCCAAGUUUUGGUUGAUGUGGAAGGCCCGCGGAACUAAAGGUUUGCGGAAAUCCGUGGACGUGGCUAUGUUCGCGGUCGAGUAUUUCUACGAACGAAUCAAGACUCGGCCCGGGUUUCGCUUGGUCCUUCCGCAAUUCGAAGGCUGUAACAUUUGCUUUUGGUACGUGCCACCCAGCAUGCGAGGACAAUCGGAAACGCAGGAAUGGUGGGAGAAACUGUACAAGAUGACAGCUAAAAUUAAGGAGCGUAUGAUGAUCGACGGAACGUUGAUGAUCGGUUAUUCGCCGCUGUCCUACAAGAACCUCGGCAAUUUCUUUCGCAUGGUCGUCACGUGUCAACCACCGCCGACGAAGGCUUCGAUGGAUUAUGCGAUCGACAAGAUCGAGGAACUGGCGGCCGAUUUGUAGACAGCCAACGAUCGUAACCACGUCGCCACGGCGAAAUGAGAAGAGAAUUCAGAGGCCGUUCGUAAAACUCGUCGAGCGUUAUCGUUUCUUUUAUUGCAGUCGCGCGAUACGAUUCGUAAAACGUCCGUGACUCGUUUCCCGCAUCGAGUCGUUCCGCGCUGUUCGACUCGCCGCGUGUCCGUAGGCACGAGUCGACUCAAUGUGAGCCAAUAGAUACUCGAAAGACCUGA